ACAUCCGCCUGGCUGAUUCUGCCAAGAUAAAAAGGAAGUACCCUCAUCGUAUUCCCGUCAUCGUUGAACGACAUCCGAAUUCGAAAAUUGCUGAUUUGGAUAAGCAUAAAUUUCUGGUUCCUGAUGAUAUAACGGUCGCACAAUUCAUGUGGAUUAUACGGAAACGCAUUGACCUGACUUCGGAAAAGGCCCUAUUUUUGUUUGUUGGGGAUGUCAUGCCUCAGACAAGGUGA